AUGUUGGAAGAACCGAUCCCCACCGUUCCAUGUUCCAUUUGGACAUCGCUGCUCAGCUGGUUCACCCCGGCCGUGUUCUUCGUCUUCCUCAACCUAACAAUCGGCACCAUUUAUUUCACUUCCACUUUGACCUCCUCCAACAACGGCGGCGAUGGCGGAAGACGUGACGGACAAGACAAUGAAACUAACCAGAAGCUCGCUAGAUCCCCGUCCGUGUUGCAGAGGUUGAAAUCUAUCAACUUUUGUGCUUAUAGAUCUCAAGAGCCCGUUGUUGAAAGAACGCCGGAUUUAAGUGAUUUCCAGUUCUCUUUUCAACACCAAAUCUCUCAACAGCAGCAGCAACAGCCGCUGGAUCGAUCUCCUUCGUUGCUUCAAAGGGUUAAGUCCAUUAACCUCAAGAGUUACUUCUCGCCGGAGAAAAGCCAUGAAAAAUUCUCCCAUUACGCGUCGGACGAGGUGUCCGAUGCAAAAGCGGAGAAACCCGCGGCGACCCAAGGUGAUGGGCCGACGCUCGACGAAAUAUACAGCCAGCUGAAGGUUGAAAACCACCAUGUUUCGAGGACUAAAUCCGAUACCAAACCGUCAUCCGGGGAGGUCCCGACUAAGCUUCCGAGGAAGAUGAAGAAAUCCGCCAGCGUGAAGUCUGCUUUCCGGCAUUUCGAGGAAGACGACAUCGUCGAAGCUCGACGUCCCGCCACCGUGAGGGAAGGCAAAGAUAAAUCGACGGCGGAAGACGACGAAGACGAUGAAGUUGAUGCCAGAGCGGAUGAUUUCAUCAACCGGUUCAAGCAUCAGCUGAAGCUGCAAAAGCUCGAUUCCAUCAUUAGGUACAAGGAGACGGUUAACAGAGCAAGCGGAAGAUGA